CGAAGUUUGAUCACCGGUUGAAAACACGUGUUCUGUAUUGACAACUCCGGCGGAUGCUGCUGGUCCGUCGGACAACACUGUCCGUCAUUUCCUCCGGCGGCCGAAAGAAAGGUUCCACAACCCGGAAGACAACAAGACCACGUUGUUUCCGAAUCAAAACGUGUUGCGAACAGCAGAGUAACGUUACUGAGAGUAGCAGAGAGCAGACUGCCGAGAGAACAGCUUUGUAGCCUUAACUACUGGAACGUGUGAUAGUCUCUACCCAGCAACGGGAUGGAGGUCCAACCAGAGGAGAUGGCUUUGGUACCGGAGGUUCUUCAGAGCUCAGCAGAGACACACGGAGAGGAACUGGAACUGAACAACGGUACCAGCACCAAGCACCUGGAGGACGGAUGCACAGCUGAGACAGAACCUCAGGGACUGACCUCCGGUACCUCAGACAGCCGUUUACUGGGAGAGUUAACGGGAGGAGCAGAGGAGAUGGAGGUUACAGAGAAUCUCAGCUCUGUCUCGAGCUCCGAGCUGGGAGAUGGAACCACACACCUUCCCCAGGACCUCUCCCGGGACCUCUCUCAGGACCUCUCUCAGGACCCCUCUCAGGACCUCUCUCAGGACCCCUCUCAGGACCUCCCCCAGGACCCCUCUCAAGACCUCCCCCAGGACCCCUCUCAGGACCUCUCCCAGGACCCCUCUCAGGACCCCCCCCAGGUACUGCUGACGUUACAGGACGGUGUCAGGGACCAGCAGGACAGCAGCAGCUCCUCAGACAGUGAUUCAGACUCCUCUUCCUCCGGUGUGACGCUGGCUGUUGUGUUAGGUCAGGCAGAUGAAGAUGAUGAUGACGACGAAGGCUUCGGUCGGGCAAGGAAACCCUGUUCCAUCAAAACCCUGGAUGAGAUCCUGCCUGAGGACUUGCCUGCUGUCGAAGAGUUGACGGUUGUUCUACCAGAGGAGGCGGAGAUACUGCCCCUAGGAUCAGUCACCAGUAUCAUCCAACAGCUGGUGAUCAUUCAGUCAUUGAAGGACACGCCCUCUGAAGGACGACAGCGUCAUCUUCAACUCUGA